AUGAACCUGAGUCGAAACAUUUUGUCUAAAUUAAAAAAAAAGAAAAAAAAGGACAAUGAGUUGCUAAAUGAAGACCUGAAUAAAAUUGAGGAGAAAUGGAUCAGAGAGGAUAAUGAAAUAACCGAAGAAAUGGCGACGUCGGCCAAAAGAGAAGAAGUUUUAGAAUUUAUUCAAAAUCAGGAUGAAUUUAAAAACAUAAAAAAGUUGUCUUCUGAUGAAAGUGAAACAUGUGAAAAAAAGAAAAAAACGAGAAUUAUAAAAAACGAUAAAGAUCUGCUAAAAGAGUUGGAAAAACAGAUUGACGAGAAAAAGCUGGAAAAAGAAAAGCUGAACAAGGAAAACCAGAAGAGGGAAGAAAUUGAAACUUUGUAUAUGACAGAAAUUGAACAAAAGCAAAAGGAGGAAGAAAAAAAUAUAAUUUUGAAGAACAAGGAAAGCGCACUUAUAAUAAAAAAUCAAAUUCAGGAAAAUUUCCUGAGGAAGCAGGAGGAAGAGAGAAUGAAAAUAAUCGAGGGGAAACUGAUGCAAAAGCAGUUUGAAAAAAAUAAAGUCGAAGAAUUGGAGAAGAAGAAAGAAAAAGUGAAAGAGCAACGCGCCCUGUGCAGUUACAUGCUUGAGAGCAACAACAAGCACAUUGAAGCCCUGAACGAGCAGAAAAAGGAGGAGAAGAGGAAGGAUGCCGAAUUCGUCAAAUACCAGGAAGAAAAGGCAACGAGAGAAAAGGAAUACGAAGAAAAAGUUAAGCGAGAAAAGGAAGAAAAAGAAAGGGAAGUCCACGAAAUACGAAUGAAGCAGAAAAAAAAUAUCGAACUACAAGCGCACUUUGACGAAAUACAAGCCCUGAAGUGGCAAAAGGAAGCCAAACGGAAGGAGGAGAAAACAAGACUUUUGGAGGAAGAGAAAAAGAAAGAAAAAAUAGAGGAAUUAAAAAAAGCCAGAAUAGUUGCAAUG